GUCCAGACCAUGAGGUACACUGGCAAACCAGUAGCGAACAUCCAGAAUCAGGUUGUCGAGAAGGAACUGCUCCCUGGGAAAGAUUUGAUCAUCCCAAUCCAUGUCCAAUACUCGACCUACAAUAAACACAUGGUACACUGUGAGAGCAUGAAUUUUUCAGCCUUGAUCACAGACUUGCAGAAUGAAGAUAACAUAUACCUGGAAAAUUAAAGUGUGGUGCUGAAAGACCCCCCAAUGACCAUCAGUGUUUCUGACGAAGUCAGAGUGAACCAGGAAAUGACUGUCGAAGUGGCUUUCACAAAUCCAGUCAACGAGAUCCUGAGAGACUGCACUCUGACUCUCUCUGGAACGGGCUUGUUUAAAUGGGAGGAAAUAGCCAGACUUCCAGAUCUGAUGCCAAACAAGAAAUUACAUGUCAAAAUGAGCACUGUUCCCUACAAGAGCGGAGAAAAGACUUUACUGGUCGACUUUGACUGUGCCUCCUUCAGAGACAUCAAGACCAGCUGCAUUGUUCAUGUCAACCCUUAAACUUUACUGAUGUAAUUUUCCUCUGAAUGCAUUUAACGCAAACGCUGCGGCAUUUACAGGGGUUGGACAAUGAAACUGAAAAAGUUUCAGUUUCAUUGUCACUUUUUCAAACUGAAAAAGUGUGCUAUUUUUAUGUGUACAGUUGUUAACUUACUGGGGAAACAUAAGGGUCUCAGAUACAAUAAAUUUUAUUGAGACGCA